AUGUUCCACAGGAUGAUGGCGAAAGAUCGGGGGACCUCCCCCAUCUGGUCAGCACCACCCUUCCAUCCCUCUGCACCCCGCUGUUUAAAUUAUCCCAUCUUUAGACAACACUUCUCACAUCAGAGCUGGGCAAAAGGUCGGGGCAUCGGAGCGAAAAAAAUAAAAUAUAUCGCAACCACCCGGAAUAUGCAAGGAAAAUCGGGAAUGGGGAGAGAGAGAAAAAAAUCGAGACGGGCGCGGGUAGCUGAGUGGAGGAACUUCCUCAAGCGCCCUUCCUCCCCACCACCCCCGGAAGCCUCGCCUCUGUUUCUCUAUAUAGCUCUGACAAGGGUCCAGCGCUGCUCUUAUUAUGGACCCUCGAUCCCUUCCUCAUCCAUAUUCAUUUUUAUCUCACCUCUUGACGCUCAAAACUUAGCAACACUGCUCAGAGAGCAACCCCGAGAUCGCUUUACAAUGACUCCACCUUCACUUGGAACAGAUGGGACGGCCCCGACCAACGGAAUUUUGAACAGAGCUGUCAAUUGCGGCAACUAUCCGGCAAGGACGAACGGCAACACGGUCACGGUAACCGGAUAUUCUACAGGUACAUGUCAGCCUGGCAGUUGCAACAAGUUACAAUGUUAUCGGAAUGGCUGUGGUGGCUCAUUCACGGAUAGCAGGUCUUGGAGGGAACAUAAAAAGACCUGUAUACCUGUGGGAAGCUAUGGUUAUCGCUGCGUGUUCCCGGAUUGCCCCGACCGUUUUAUGACUUCUAGCCUUUACGACAUGAUAAGCCACCAACUGGUUCAUCAGAUGUUCGCUUGCUGCGCACGGGGGUGUGCCUGGGCCUUCUCUACACAGGAGGGAGCUAUCAAUCAUGUCAUCAAAGAACAUCGCAUGACCAAACCUCCUACAGACAUGAUAAAACACUCGUGGACAGUCCGGAAACAUCAGGGCGAAUUUCAGCGACAGUCAAGCCUUUGUUUCGACAUCACGGACAUCGUAUUGGACUGGGAGGCGGGGGUUUCGAGUCCUCCAGAGGGUAUCAGACCAGCCCCGAAGCUGGCCACAUACCCUCUGCCCGGGAGUAGGCAUCUCGAGAGUGGAGCAAAUGGUGAAGAUACAGAGGGUGCACAGAGUUUGAGCUCGGCAGUGUUCGCGCACAUCAUGCAUCAACUUGGGGCCAUCGGAGAUCUAUUGGAUAACCGAGCGUUGGCGCCGACUGCAACGGAGCGCCGCCAAGUGUCUCAAGCACUGGAUAUUAUCCAACAAAAUCUCCGAAGCAAAUCCUUUGCGCGUCCGUCGGCUAGCUGGAACGGGGGCCCUCCAUUCCCCGGCAGGGUUUCGAAUAUGUAUGGCUUGCACCGUCCGGAGACAGUGCUCCAGGAGGAACCUGCAACCGUUGGUGCCACAACUACUCUGGAAAUCCGCGAAGGGUCCAGACGUCAAAAGAAGAAAACCGCUACCACACAAAUACCUACAGCAAUAUCGCCCGUACAAGAGGAAGGUGAUGGUGGAGAUCUAUCCGGAACUGACCUCGACUCCGACGAGGAGCCCGACGCGCUAACGCUAGGAGCCGACGGCGAACCUCUACAACACACCCACCUCUCUGGCGAAGAACAGAGUAAAUACUUCCAACAAAUGCAGCAAUGCUGUGUCCGCGCUGCUCAUGAGUUCUACCUCCGCCACCGCGCGCACCUAGACAACAUCAAGGACAAGAAAUCUCGCCAACUCUGUCUAACGGCAAAAUCCAAUCCUAUCUCUAAGCCCGAUGACCUCAGUCUCCCGCAUUGGACCCAUCUCCUACGCAGGAUCAGCGAUGCAAGAGGUCUCCAGAAGAGCAUGGUCAGCAGGAUAGAGAGCUUCAAUGGGGACAUAUCCCCCGUUGACGAGGUUAGACAUGCGUUCGCGAAGGGCAAGGUCAAGAGCGAUAGGGACCUCUUGGCACUCGUCCAGUUGACGAGGAACUUUUGCUGGCAGCUGAAGGAUUGGGAUAGAUGCACAGAUUUGGACACGCUGUAUACGCUCCUGGAGAAGACCGUCCGCGAGGCAAAGCGUAGGAACUUGGAAAGGUGUAGCAAGCCAACUAGAAAUGGGACGUUCAAUAAUAGCAGGAGGGAGAGGCCAAAGAUCAGAAGCCCACAGAGGCAAUCGGCCACCUGGCCGUUGAUGGCGGAAACGAACGGGGCAGAAUGA